UGCUAAUAAGCAUUUCAUUAGCCAAUCACAUUGCUGUAGAGAUUUUGGUUUCAAAAUUUAAAAGGUUUACCAAAGAGAGAGGGUUGUAGAGGAAAACAAGCUACUGAUUUCGCAAAAAAAGGAUAUAAUUCUUAUUAUUUUUUUCAAGAAUAUUUUAUUAAUGUACUUAAGAUGAAUUCCUUUAAGCAGACUCCAAUUGGAAAAACAGCUGAUUCAAAGGUUCGUUCAAUUGACGGUGGACCGAAAAGGGUCCUGAAACCGAAUAGCAUGAAUGUAGCACAUGGAAGUCAUCAAUCAACAAUAAUGGCAGGUAAACAUCAUGCUGUCCCAACCAGUACUAGAGACAAAGAGAAUCACCAUGAAUGUCAGCAAAAUCCAAAAGCACCUGAAAGGAAACCUGAAGCCACGGGAAUGCAAGGACAGCUCCCAAAGUCAAAGUGGACUCUACAGGACUUUGAUAUCGGACGACCUCUGGGCAAAGGCAAAUUUGGAAAUGUUUAUCUAGCAAGAGAAAAACAAAGUAAAUUCAUUGUAGCCCUGAAAGUUCUCUUCAAAUCGCAACUGUUGAAAUCAAAUGUUGAACAUCAGUUACGGAGAGAAAUUGAAAUCCAAGCACAUCUCAGGCAUCCACACAUCCUUAGACUUUAUGGAUAUUUCUACGAUGCAACUAGAGUUUACCUUAUCUUAGAAUUUGCACCAAAAGGGGAGCUCUACAAAGAACUACAGAAGCAUGGACGAUUUGAUGAAAGAAGAUCUUCAAAUUAUAUCGGACAGUUAGCUGAAGCUCUCUUGUAUUGUCACAGUAAGAAAGUCAUACAUAGGGACAUCAAACCAGAAAACCUUUUGCUCGGUCUAAAAGGAGAUCUGAAGAUUGCAGACUUUGGAUGGUCUGUUCAUGCACCAUCAUCAAGGCGAGCAACGUUGUGUGGCACACUAGAUUACCUCCCACCAGAGAUGAUCGAAGGCAAGAUGCACGAUGCUAACGUAGACUUGUGGAGUCUUGGCGUGUUAUGUUACGAAUUUCUUGUUGGAAAACCGCCAUUCGAAGCUGAAGGCAACAGUGAGACUUAUAGACGUAUAACAAAGGUGGACUAUAAAUUUCCUGACUAUGUAUCUGAAGGUGCUAAAGAUUUAAUCUCUAAAUUGUUGCGACACAAUCCAACCUCAAGGCUAAGGCUUCAUGAGGUAUUAGAACAUCCCUGGAUUAUGAAAUAUGCCGAGGUAAAACGUAUGAUGCCACCAUCUACAUCAUAACAUGCAUAGUUUUAAGAUGGCAUAUUUAAAUUUGUUGUCAAUGUAAGAAAAUUAAUUGGGUGCAACUAUCAUGAAGCUACGAACAAAGCAAGAAGAGUUUCCAUGCAAAUAUUUGUUAUCCGAACUGAAAAAAAUCUUGCUGUUCGAUAACCUUCAAAACAAUGCUUUUGUUGAGAAUUCUGAAAAUGCAAGUUGCUGCAAACUGUGUUGUACAAAAUGGGGGUUUUAUUGACAUUGUUACACUGUGUAGUGAAAUUAUGUUUUUCUGAAAUUAUUUUAUUGUUAUAUGUGGUUUUGUGGAAUCAAUAUUUGUAAACUUGUGGUAGGAAAUAAUUGCAGAGUAGGGUAGAUAUCAAAGCAUUUCAAUAUAGGAACAUAGUGGUGUAUUUUAAGACAGUGUGUGUCUGGCCAGGUAAUGAAAUUUAACAACACAAUAUAAUAUGUACAGUACAUAUUAUGAAUGGCAGGAGACAAAGAUGAUGCUAGAGGCAUUUAUCAGUAGUUUACUAUAAUAAAUAUACGCAUAAAUUCUCUUAGUGAUAAUGUACAUUUAUUAUAAAUAAAAGUGUUUAUUAAAAACAUGUUAAAAAACCACAAGCUAUUCCAUUUUUGUAAGUAAGUCUUAUUAAAAAUAAAAAGUUUUCAUUAUCAAAAAA